ACAGCAGGGCUGUCGAGAAACCCAGGGAGGGAAGCUGUUUAUCCGAUGCGAUGCCCGAGCCUGCGACGUUAUAAAGGCUUCCGCCAUGUUCUGUAUGUGCAGUGACUUUUGCACCCCUGCAACACGCGUACGGUCAACCCACAUAUCCAAAAUGUUCUCUCUUCGCACCCUCAAAGUUUUCGUCGCUGUGACUCUUCUGGCGCUUGUCGCCCAAGCCAUCGUUAUCCGCAGCCCUGCGGCAGACAAUGUCGAUGCGGGCAUGAGCCCCGAUGAGGACAUCUGAGCGAUAAACCGCCACUGAGCCCAUCAAGGCGGUCAGAAGGAGCUAGCGAACUGAUAGGCGGAAAUGAUUAUUGGAAUGUGCUUGCUAUUCCGGAGUGGAUCUGGAUGUCUUCUAGAUCAAGUUGAGAAUGAGGAUCAGUCGAUGUGCCCU